AUGUCUCGCACAUCAGUCAAAGGGCAAGCAAUCGCCGACCACCUAGCGGAAUUCCCAAUUGAGGAUGACACACCGAUUAAUUCCGACUUCCUGGACGGAGGGAUUCUCCAAAUAGACGAUGAGGAGGAUAAGCCAACAUGGAAGAUGUACUUCGACGGGGCGGUCAAUUCCGCAAGGUCCGGAGUCGGCGCAGUGCUGAUAUUCCCAGACGGGCGCCAUUAUCCGGUUGCUGCGAAAGUUGACUUCUCCUGCACCAAUAACGUGGCCGAGUAUGAGGCGUGCAUCCUCAGCCUACAAGCAGCAGUUGACUUCAAGGAGUUGGCAAAAAACUUCGAGAAGAUCUCAUUCACCUAUACUCCGCGCAUGAAGAACCAAUUCGUAGACGCGCUCGCAACACUUGCAUCCAUGGCGAGCAUCACAAAGGGGAACCUCAUCGAGCCCCUCGAGAUCGAGAUUAUCAAAGGUCCGGCCUAUUACGACGCAAUCGAAGCAACCGACGCUAAGCCGUGGUACGAGGACAUCAAGGACUUCUUGCAAACGGGUCAAUACCCUCCAUUCGCCGACCGUCGCGACCGAAAGACGCUCAGAUGA